AUGGAAAAUCUUUUUGGAGGAAAAACCCCAGCAUUCCUUUUUGCAGGCAUCAUGCCUACAAGUUGCAUCGAUGGUGAUAACGAGGGCGAAUCAAUCAGUCUUACGAGAAAUGAUCUACUCAGCUUCGAUCUAGCGAUUAAUGGAUCAUCUUGCACGGGUUAUCCUAUGAAAAUUAAAGCAGACUUCCCAAUCGAGCCCUAUCUGAAAUAUCAAGAUGUCAUGGGAAACUUGAUGAAUGUCAAAACAUAUAAAGUGGACUCAAUUUUCGAUUUCAAAAAAGCAUUCCUCUUUGCGCAUAAGUUCGAAGGUGAAAACGAAGAAAAUUCCGGCUGGGUUAGUGCAACUCUGGAGUUCAAGGAUGUUGUCGACAAAAAUUUGAGCUUGGUAGUCUGGACGAUAGAUAUGGUGAAGGUUUCUAUCGACGAAUAUGGUCAGAUUGACAAGGAUAUAGUAAAAAAGAUUUCCUCUGCAUAA